UCAUAAAUGGCAAAAGCAGGGGAGCAACAAGUAGCCGUGAAGUUAGAGGUGGUCACAUUAACAUUUAACAAUGGUCUCCCUACGCUUCCCCUUCUUCUCAUCGUUCCCUCCGCCAAUCAAUCCCAAUUCCUCCGCCUCUUCCCGUCGUAUCUUAACGGCUGCCGGCGUAACCAUCGCCGCCUCCUGCGCCGGAAUUGCAGUGACGCACAAUUCUGAAAAACAUCCAUUUCUUCAAAAUACACUUGAUUUCAUUCUCACCCAUUUUCCUAACUCUCCUCCUUCUUCUUCUUCCCCUUUCUGGGCUUCUCUUUCUCUCUCCUCUGACAUUCAACCUCCACCUGUUACUGAAUCUAGAACUGGGUCUUCCUUCCCUUCUCUUCUUAAUGCUUCACAGAAAUUAUUGGGAAUUGGGCUCAGAAAGAAGAGUGUUUUUGGUCUCAAAAACAUUGAUGUUUAUGCUUUUGGUGUGUAUGCUGACGAGGACGACGUUAAGAAAAACCUGAAGGAGAAAUACGGGAAGUUUUCAGCUUCUGACUUGGAAGACAAUAAGGGUUUUAGUGAUGAUCUCCUAGAAAGUGAUGUAAAUUUGACUGUGAGACUACAAAUAGUCUAUUCUAGAUUAAGCGUUCGCUCUGUGCGGAGUGCUUUUGAAGACUCGGUUGGAAGCAGACUUCAAAAGUUUGGGGGGCUUGAUAACAAAGAAUUGCUUCACAGAUUUACUUCUCUGUUCAAAGAUGAAAUGAAAUUAUCAAAGGGUUCUGUUAUAGAACUCUCCAGGGAGCAUGGGCAUGUUCUUCGCACAAAAAUUGAUGGAGAAGAGAUAGGGAGCAUUCAGAGCAAACUUCUUUGUCAAUCAGUACUGGAUUUAUACAUCGGUGAAGAUCCAUUUGAUGAACAAGCUAAAAAGGAUGUAAUGCACAAGUUGGUGACUGUUUUUGAGAAGAAUUAACCCGUGGUACAAAGUUGUUUAUGUACUGCAUUAGAAGCACUGUAGAAGCCCUAAUAUAUAGUGCUCAACAUUAUGUACUUUGUUGUACACUUGUACUUGUAUCAUAGUGUAUAUUUCACCAUCAACAUCAACGAUGGAGCUCAUAAAAUAAAGAUCGUUGCUUUUUAUAA